AAUGUUUAUGUUUCCAUUGUGUGUAUCGCGACAAGCCUCAUUAUUGUUUACAACGCCGCUCUUGCAUUCUCAACUUGAGACAAAAUCAAGUGUGUAUUUUUCAUUUGUGAUUCAUUUCACGACGAUUCUUAUAAUCGUUAUUCUUGGAAUUAUUCAUUUUAAAACGCAUUAAAUUUUGUAAACAAGAAAAAAAAGUCGAAGAAAAAUUGUCCAUCGAUUGGAUAAGGACAUAAAACCGAAAAGAAUUGUGUGAUAAGAUGGCCGGUACAAUUCUUGAGAAUUUAAGCGGAAAAAAAUUGUCGAUUUUAGUGGGCACAUUGCUUGUAUGUCAAGUGAUUUGUUUUCUUAUCGGCGGAUUAAUCGCCCCUGUACCAGCUAGUGUACAGACAAUUCUUGGAACGGUGUGCAAGGACAUACCAGGUUCAUUCAAUGACACUACCAAGUGGGUUUAUUCACGUGGACUUGGACAAUGUGAAACCAUUCAACAAACCGAUCUUGAACGGCAUGAUGUUCGACUUGCCAAUCAAAUUGUAUUCGUUUUUCAGAUGCCACUUCCACGUGAAGGAAAGGUGCUUGAUUAUUCCCGAUGGCAACAAAAUCUCAUCGGAAUUCUGCAAACGGAUAUUGCUUACCAUGAAAAUGUGAUGCUUGAACCACAAGCAAUUGUCACCCUUGAUGCACGGUUGGCAUAUCGCAACAAAGGCGAUGCUGAUAAUGAUUGGAAACAUUACUCAUCAUCGUUAGAACAACGUGAAUUGGAUUGUAGUGGUGACGAGUUGUCUGAUGAAUAUUUGUACUCAUGUUCAACGUUACCGCUAUUCGAAUUGGGUUCAUUACAUCACGAUUUUUAUUUACUGAAUGUUCGAUUGCCGGUCGAUUCUGAGCGCAAAAUGAAUUUAAACAUUGGUAACAUUCGUGACUUGCAUUUGACGGUGAUUUAUCAAAAUGGUGGUUUUACCAAAGUUUGGUUGUCAUUGAAAACCAUAUUCUUUCCAUUCAUCGUUGCAAUAAUGUGCUGGUUUUGGAAUCGUGUUCAUCAAUUGCAACGUUCACCUGUACUAAUCGAAUACAUGUUGCUUGGAUUGGGUGCAGCACUAACGUUUUUGAAUCUUCCGCUCGAAUAUUUGACACUUUUCUUUGACAUGCCAUUUAUGCAACUCUUGGCUGAUAUUCGUCAAGGUGUAUUCUAUGCACAAUUAUUAUCAUUUUGGUUAAUAUUUGCUGGUGAACAUAUGCUUAUUCAAGACGGUGCAUCAACAUUGAAAACUUAUUGGAAACAUUUGAGCGCUGUGGUAAUUGGAUGUGUUUCAUUGUUUGCAUUCGAUGUAUGCGAACGCGGAGCACAGCUUCGAAAUCCAUUUUAUUCCAUUUGGAUGACUAAAAUUGGUGCCAACAUUGCUUUCACAUUCAUUUUGCUCGCUGGUAUUUCGGCUUGUGUUUACUUUUUCUUCUUGUGUUAUAUGAUUUGGUGUGUAUUCUGUAACAUAAGCAUCAAGCGUACAUCGUUACCAUCGAUGUCAAUGGCGCGUCGUCUUCAUUACGAAGGUGUCAUUUAUCGAUUUAAUUUCUUGAUGUUGGCCACAUUGAUUUGUGCCGCCUUGACCAUUACCGGUUUCAUUAUUGGCCAAAUGUCGGAGAGCCAAUAUCAUUUGGAUGAUCCAGUCCAUUUGGAAUUCACAUCGGCAUUUUUCACUGGCGUCUACGGCAUGUGGAAUAUUUAUAUAUUCGCAUUGAUCAUUUUGUAUGCACCAAGUCAUAAACAAUGGCCAUCAACUGGCGGUAAUGGAACAACAAGCACCAAUGAUAGUGCAACAGAAAAUAUUGUCGGCGAAGAGAUUGAAUUUAACAGUCUACCAUCGGACACAAAUCCAAGCGAAAUAUCGUCACUCACUUCGUUUGCACGCAAAGCAGCUCUGGAUUAAAGACAUUAUAUACCUCUACUUAUUCAUGUUUUUUUUUUUUUUUUUAAUUUGUGACACAAUUUUAUUAUUUUUAUGUUAAAAGUCAUAAUAAUUAGCAGGAUGUCAAGAUUACAACGACAACACAUCUUAGGCUUAAUCUUAUAUGGAUCCUACCAAACUUUGAAUAAUUCUCAAAAAUUGAUUUUUUUUGUAUCAUUUUAUUCAAUGGUAUGAAACGAAAAAUGUGUAACCGAGUGCCAAUGAAUUUCGAUUAACGACGUCUGUCGUUGCAAUUUUUUUAUGAAAUUCAAAAUAUUUUAAUUUUUUUUUUCGCUUUCACAAUUGAAAUUCUUGUGCUUCUAACUAUAAUUUUUUAUCUCAAAACUCAAACUUCUAAUCAAUAUUAUCGAAUCUCGAAAUAGUCAAAUAAAUAUUUGAUACAUGCCGUUUGGCAAACAAUUUUCAACAAAAUAAAUCUCGACAAGUAGCAAAAUCCCAUAGUAAAAAACCCAUAGUAAAAAAAAUCUUAGUAAUUCCAUCAAUAUUUAUAUAAAUAAAAAUGAAAAUCAAAAUAAUUUUGUACCGUUGUAAUAUUAGGACAUUUUUCUUAUUGUGAACGCAUUUACGUGUAAAUUUUGUAUGAUUUUAAUGAAAGAAAUGAAUACUUUUAGCAACAACAGCUUCGAACAAAAAUACCAACUUAACAUUAUUCAAAUUUAAAAGUAGUUUAUGUGAUUUAGUUUUCUUUGAUCUUAAUAAUAUUAAAGCUACCUAAAGAAAAAUAAAGAACUUAUUU